AUGAAGAAAGAACACCGGCGAUGGACAUGGGAAUCACCCAACGGUACCAUGCGGAGAUCAUUCUCAGCAACCGAAGGUGGUGCUUACUGGACGUCUCAGUGCCGAAAGCUGAAAAAGAAGAUCUGUAACCGUGUUGGAGGAAGGGGAGAAGUCGUACAUGACGGUGGCAGAUUGGAGGAGCUCCUGACCACUUGCGACUGGAGCAUCGAGGAGGACUCAACGAAGGACUAUGACCUAUUUCUCAUGGUACUGAGGGCCUAUAGUGAAAGUGCCUUAAUGCCAACAAGGAACUUGGGAAGAAUUUCGAAAGUCACCAAGGGUCUGCUAGAGAGGAGAAGAGCACUGAGUCUGGAUCCGAUCCAUCACAUCUCGAGCGACUGGUAG